AUGCUCAUCUACAAGGACAUCCUCACCGGUGACGAGAUCAUCUCCGACUCCUACAACCUCAAGGAGAUCGACGGCGUCGUCUACGAGGCCGACUGCACCAAGAUCAACGUCGGAGGAGAACAAUUCGACACUGGUGCCAAUGCUUCUGCUGAGGAGCAAGAGGAGGGUGCCGACGACACCGUGGAGACCAAGAUCGACGUCGUCCACUCUUUCCGCCUGAACGAGACCGGCUUCGACAAGAAGGGCUACCUUACCUACCUCAAGGGCUACAUGAAGGCGGUCAAGGAGGGUCUUAAGAACAAGGGUGCUGACGAGGCCACCAUCAAGGACUUUGAGACCAAGGCCUCUGGCUACGCCAAGAAGAUCAUCGGCAACUUCAAGGACUACGAGUUCUUCACCGGCGAGUCCAUGAACCCCGAUGGCAUGAUCGUCCUCCUCAACUACCGCGAGGAUGGCGUCACACCCUACGUUACCGUCUGGAAGCACGGUCUCGAGGAGAUGAAGGUCUAA